AUAGCUGCUCCUCUCUCUACUAUCCCUGCUCCUCUCUCUACUAUCUCUGCUCCUCUCUCUACCAUCUCUGCUCCGGUCUCUACCAUCCCUGCUCCUCUCUCUGUCAUCCCUGCUCCUCUCUCUACUAUAUCUGCUCCUUUCUCUACCAUCCCUGAUCCUACCGCUAGUCCGAGCACGCCUACUCUGUCUCAUGUCUCAGCAAUGUUGCCAUCCUCUAACUCUGCUUUUUUUCCGCAUUCUUUGUUUUCUAUCACUUCCGCAUCUAACUCUAAUCCAUUCUCACCUCUCCCACCCUCAAUGCCCACUCAAAUGUCUCCUUCUUUGGAGGGCUAUCGAGACGACUUCAUUUCUCAACCUCUGUCCCCAUCUUUUCAGCCACCCUCAUUCCGUCCCAUUCCUACACACUCUGAUCUCACUCCUCUUAGUCCUAAUCUCUGCUCUACACCAACAUCCGGAAGGUCUACGACAGAACCCAUUGCCACACGAGACGAACGGCGAUUAGCCCUAGUCCAUGGUCGGAAGCUCGAUGCCAUCAACAGGAGGCUCGAUACCAUUGAACUGAUGCAACGGAAAAUGGCGUCUAACAUUGAACUUUUGAUCAGACUUGUUAGUAGCAACACAGGGCAAUCCAAUAACCAGCCAACAACAGCUCCACAUACAGUGACAUACACUGAUACUGAUGAAUCCGGGUCUGUGUCGACACCAGUGGUGAUGGAUGAGGAUCCAUUUGUGGACAUACCACUACCAUACCGCCUCGACGUGGCUACCCUGAGGAGGAUACAUGCCCAUAGUUCGAACCCGGGUAAUUAUGCCAGGAACUUGGUCGAGAAAAUCUACCCAGAGUUAUUCCAGGAAGACAGCCAACGGUUGAACUACUCGUACUUCGGAGGAGGCGUCCUGUCCAAAAAAGAACUUGACCCCAGCAGGAAAGUGUUUUUGGAGCGCUACGUUCUGUACCUCCACCCUGAACUUAAAGACAAUCUCCUAUGGAAGGACAGAAUUGUGCCCAAAAUCAACGAGUGCCUCAGAAGACCCGUGAAGAGAACACUGCACCCUUCCACAUGA